GUCCCCGACUUCGGUCUUCUUACCUGUCCUGCGCGAACACCUGUCUUUUCAACAUGUCCGACAGGUAUGUGUGUGACUUGCUAACCCUUGCUAAGGUUUCUCUCUGUUAAACAUACGAAUCAAACAACUGAAGAUUGGUACAUAGUGCCCACAGCUGUCGUUACGUUAUAUAAAGCUUUGUUGUCGAACUGCGCGUCGACUAUGGCACUGUCCACGGUGCACUGUCACUAGAGUCAGGGAUCAGGAUGCUUGGUGUGUUGAGUUGUGCGCUGGGUUAAGUUACGCUUGUGCUCACAGGGUCAUUGGGGGGACACCGUCUGUAGGCUUGCAAUGUACAUUUUGUACCUAUUUUUCUUUAUUUGCGGAAUGUACAAUGUGGAAUAACACUAAAUCACUGUUUAUCAUUUAGAUACACCUUACUGUGUGUUACGUACAGUAUUUGAAGAGAACAGAAUGGUAGGAAUGUUAUUAAAUCUUUUUUUACAGUUCUCUGAUUUGACCUUCCGGUCGUUGACAUAUCUCACAGGGGGGUUCUACUGACGACCAGCUCCUAUAACCAUCGCCAAGGCCGUGUAGAUUAAACAUGGCGACCAAACAAGGAAAGAAAGUCAAGGUUGGAAUAAGAACGCUCUUCUCAAGGAGACGGAAGAGGUUUUCUCGGCCCAAGGACCAAGUACGCCUUCUCAAGGAGUUGGAAGAGCCGAUAACUGUCAUGGGUGCCGGUGAGGAAGAGAACAAUGAACUGAAAUUAAACUUAAACUUAAAGACUAUCCAGACGUCAGUAAAUCAACCCCGGCAGCAGCCCAAACGCCGCAGUGUGAAGUUAGAUGUGGGAGACCUUCUGUACGGUGGGCGGAAGGACCGAGAGUCGGAACCUUCCUCCUCGGGCCACACAGCCACGUACUCCGGCGGAGAGGAAAGAACACGGCCCGGGGAGCCUGACCAAGACUUGGACCUGAGACUUGUCACGAAGGAAGACGGUCAAGACAAUUCUUGGAUUAGCGCCAAGGCUACAAAGAAGGUGUUUACUGCCCAAAUACAUUCAGACAGUGGUGCAGGAGGAAAGACCCAACCUGGGGAAAACGUUAGGAACCCUGCCAACGGCGGUGCAGGAAACUCAACACGUCCGGACAGGAAACUGAGCGAAGGAAAGUCGAAGAAGAAACGUAAGAAAGUGAGCUUUUCAGCCACGUCUACAAAGUACAUACAGCUGGAGGCCUCCCAGGAAGCCUUAGACGUCUGUGUGGUGGAAGAACAGACGAUUAAAAAGAAGAAAUCCAACAGAAAAAAGAAAAUGAAAAAGAGAAUCCGCAAGGCGGCGCAGCUGAGCUGGCGGUACCUGGUGGCAGGCUUCAGGAACAUGACGAUGGUGACGCCGUUCUACGUCACCAGCGACACGAUGCAGAGCGUGUACUCACCGCAGUACAACACUAGCCUGGUCACCCCUAUGUACAUGACGUCAUACACGGGAGAUGAUGGGUACACACAGAGGUAUCCAUGAGGAUUUGUGGUGCAUCGUAUGAUACAACGCCGGAAAGGAAAAAUAACUUAAAGACACCAAAUUGACUUAAAGCUUGAUGAUCGUCGACGUUUCAAUUGAACUUUUUGCUGUCUAUCCAAUACAGUUUCAUAUGCGGAUUAAAGGGCAUGCACCGGUCUGUGUCUACACUGUCGUGGCAUCUUAGUUUUUUCCUAGAUCCUGCAUAACUUUGAAAGUUAU